AUGUUUGAAAUAGGGCAUGUGCUGGAAGGAUAUUUGGAAUAUAACAAGUGCUGGAAGGAUAUUUGGAAUAGGGCAUGUGCUGGUAGAAUGUUUGAAAUAGGGCAUGUGCUGGAAGGAUAUUUGGAAUAUAACAAAUGCUGGAAGGAUAUUUGGAAUAGGAUAGGUGCUGGAAACGGUUUUGUUUGGCAUGGAAUAGGUGCUGGAAAAAAUAAGCUCGAAAGCAUGAUAAAGCAUGAGAAGUCUAAUUUGAUAGCAUGA